AUGAGUAUUUCAAAAGAACGUAUUACAAAUAUUAGUCAAAUUGAUGAUGAAUAUCUCUGCCCUAUUUGUUUUCAUUUGUUAUGGAAACCAGUUGAAUGUCAAAAUUGUCAACGAGUCUUUUGUAAGAUAUGUAUUGAUAAAUGUUUGAAAGAAAAACCGAAUGUUUGUCCUCUAUGUCAAUAUUAUCAAGAAAAACGUUGUUCACCAAUGUUUUAUGCUUUAUUAUGUAAAUUUAAAAUUGAAUGUGAAAACAAACAUAAUGGUUGUAAUGAUAUAUUGUUAUAUGAAUCACUUGAAAAACAUCAACAAGAACAAUGUCAAUAUCAAAUGAAGAUAUGUCGUGGUUGUCAAAAGAAUAUAUUAAAAAAAGAUUUAGAUCAACACGAACAAAAUUGUGGUGAAAUCAAAAUCGAAUGUAAACGAUGUAAUCUAGUUUAUAAACAGAAAGAAAAACACGAACAAUUAGAUUGUCUAAUGGAUAUGUUGGAUCGAAGUAAUAAGAAAAUUGAAUCAUUAGAAAAACUAGUUGAAAAUUUACAACAAAAUGUACAGAAACUUGAAGCUACCGUGUAUUUAGAUUUUUGGACACGCUUGCCAUUUAGUAUUGUUCAUGCCGUACAAUUAUCAUCGUUGAUUUCUUUGUGGAAUAUCAUUUAUGAUUUUCCAUAUAGUCAUGUAACAACAGUCGAAGAACUACGAGCAUUAAGAUCACAAUGUAAGAAACACAUUAUUGUCGGUGCUAUACAAGGAAGCUCAUCAAUGAUAUUGAAGAUAGCAGCAAUGGGACCAUCGGAAAUUUUAUCUUUGGAUAGUCCAUUAAAUGAACCAGCAAAGUAUGAUAAUGUUAAUUGGUAUUUAACACAGAAGAAAUCAUUUGGAUUUGCUCCAUCGUCAACAACUAUAAACUGUAAUUCGGCAGAUGGGGAAGAUAAAGACAAUGCAGAAAACCGAUUGAGUUGGCAUCUCGAUGGUUAUGGAGGUUACCGUGCAGGAAAAGUCAAAAACUUAAAUAAUAAUAAUGAAUGGAGAAAAAUUAUCAUGACAGAGAAGCAUUAG